GGAAGAAGGUCUUCACUAGCAGAGAUGACACUAACAAAAAAUGGCUUAUGUACUGUAAGUUAGCCUGCGUUAGUGGUACUCGGUUUGCUUAUCUAGCCCAAAGCCAUGGAUUGCAUAUGCGGAAGGAGGCGGAGCGCUGGUAUAAAUACAGACAGCAAUACCUUUGCGUGUUCAAACCUGAGACGGCUGCUUUUCCUCAACUGCAAUAAGCAUCUCCUGGAUGGCGUACUCAACUAGCACGAUUGCAGAGGGCUGCUUUGGGAAGGUGUACAAACAGAAGUACAAUGAUACGUGGGCUGCUGUCAAGAAGGUCCCGCAACAUCUCAUCAGCAGGAAGGACCUUGAACGAGAAUGUGAUGUGUACAACAAGGCGGAGCAUCCCAACAUCGUGAAACUUCUGGGGAACAUAACCCUCACAGAAAAGAAAUGGAUUAUUCCCCUAGAGUUUAUUUUUGGAGAGGACCUGGAGACAACUAUCUUCAAGGCAGCAAAGUCAAAGAUCCAGGUGACUCCAGCAAAUAAAGCUACCAUCAUCGUCGGCAUGUGUGAAGGGCUGCUUCAUCUCCACACCAAAGAUAUCGUCCAUCAAGACCUUAAGCCUGAAAACAUCAUGGUGGAACAUGACACGAACAGAGCCGUAAUCAUCGACCUGGGUCUGGCCAAGUUCUUCAGACGUGGACUAAACUCUGCCUGGGACAUGGGGAACGAGGCGUACUCGGCCCCCGAGGUGCUUCAGAGGCGCAGCCAGCGAGACCAGCGCUCCGACGUCUGGGCCAUGGGGAAGAUCAUUGCCGAGCUCUGCGCCCGGAUUCGGCUGCACACCCCCAGCGUCUGUCCCGCCAAGAUCAAGGAGACCCUGAAGGAUCAGGCGUACUGCAGUGCUGUGUGUAGGAUGGUGGAGCCGGACCCCUCUCUGAGAGCCUCCAUGGCCGGGGUCAUGUAUGAGAUACGGAAGGCGGGGCGUUCAAGCACCGUCACCUCAACACCCCUUCAGAAAGGUCACCUUCAGCCACCUUCUUCUCACGUCGCUGGCAGAAAUCGAUCUCCCUCACCCUUGAACAGGGAUCUGUCGCCACACACCAAAGACAGGACUCCAGCGCCGCCGAAAUGGGAACGCACGCCCAGACCAGAGUUCAAAGGUCUGCGUCCUCAGAUUGGGCUGCACCACUCUCCUUCCCCUCACCGGGCAGGAGACAAGAACCACACCCAGGCUCUGGUCCCGACGGGCAGGGCGGACAUCACGCAGGACAUGCUGAAGAUGAAACUGUACCAAGAAGCUGCUAAAGACCUUCCCUGCAAACUCCCGGCGACGGGGAGGGUGAUGGUGCGGCGCUUCGAAGAGAAGGACGGGGGGGUGGAAAGAUGGGAGCAGAAGGAGGUGGUGACUCGUGACGGAAAGAUAGUCAAGUAUGACAAUAUUAAGUUUGACAGUAAAUGAGAAUAAGGAGAGAGAAAAUGAAAAAAGAAACUCACAAAAACAAGAAUUAUGGAUAUAAAGCGAGUAGGCACCCGCUUGUGGCCGUGUAAACGCCAUCUCUCAAAAGAGGACAUGUUGAUGUCAUUUCAUGUAAUGGAUUUUAUAAGAAUUUUAAAUGAUUUAGUUGGAAAUAAUUGCCAGCCAUCUCUAAAUGCGUUUAAGCCUCUGAAUACAUCAGCGACAGAUAACCUGACCAAGGCUUUCUCAGUUUUGAUGUAGUUACAUAAUUUCUGAAUGAACAAUUAGAUAUUUAAGGGUCAUAAAUGAAAAGGCAGGUUUAGAUAAUAGAUGCAGGGAUGCUAAAGGGUCCGUACCUGCAUAGCGCUUUUGUAAUCAUCCAGUCUCUUAUACAAUGAUUCACAACUUUUUACACAUUUCCCCAGCUUGUUUGUUUUUGUUUAAUUUGAGCAGUAAUAAACUACAUGUGGCCCUACAAAAGUGACCAUGACCUAUCCGGUUCCUUCAUAAACGUUCAGGCUGUGAAUUGCCUUGUAUGAGUACACUAACUCCAAGAAUCAAAAGAUAAAACGUCUCAACAUGUCUCUUUUGGCGCUUUUAUACUAGUACCUACUCAGCGCGACUCGACUCGUCAUGCCUCGCCUCCACCCACUUGCCUUGUCCUCGUUUAUUUUUAGACACCCAGAUGAGAAGUAGGAGCGAAGCUGCUGUGACGUAUUUGAUUGUGUGUAGGAGAUGAUAUGUGCUGUUUGGUGUUCAAUACCAAGUUAAAAAAUGGGAGUGAAAUGAGAGUGUUUGUGGACACCUGAAAGCCCCUUGGAGACUGGGGAACCCCCCCAGUCUUUACAGUUUACACACUUGCAGGGGGAGGAAGUGGGGGAUCCGGGUGCUACGUAAGCCUGCGCGAAACUGAGCGAGAAAGAGCAUGGAAAAUGCACCUAUCAUGUAAUUUGUGCCUUUUACAGGGGAUUUUUGUAGUAAAUCUGGUCUAUAUUCAGUAAAUCUAAUAUUCUUAUUCUCAACUUCUAAAAGCAUGUAAUAAUAAUUAAGAACCAUGCUUUCUGGCAGAAAAUAUGGUCAUGUGCAGUUUAAUCAUGUUCUUGAUUUUGGCUCAUUAUAGUCCUAAUGUUUGUAGAAAUACAGGGAAUUAAAUCACUUUCUUUCUCUGCCAGAAGACCAACUCUGUAUUAAUUUGGCUUUUGUAACACAGCUUAGAUUUAUAGCAUUCAGAAUUACCUGUUUUUUUGAAUGGAUCGUAGUUUUCCUAUAGUGUAGUUUUCCAUCCAUCCAUCCAUUAUCUAUACCCGCUUUAUCCUUUGCAGGGUCACGGGGUAUUGUAGUUUUCUUGACUGAUAGUCAAACUUCCGGAGCUAACAUGAACGCAUCACUAAAAAAAUAAAAUAAAAAAGUGUCAGAAUAGCUGUGAAUAUUGUUUAAUGAUGCUUGAAUGUUUGCACAGUAUUGUGAGGAUUUUAUAUUGAGUGUUUAAUUAUUUUUUUCGUGGCUGUCCACAGCACACACAGAAGCUGUUUCUGUAACUCCACCUGCAAGUGAUGCAAAGUAGCCUAAUGCCAUUUAACGUAAUUACCUUCAGUGUGCUUCAGUGUGCUUAUAAUUCAUAUAUUAUAGGGAAACACAAACAGGUGCAGGUUCACUACAGCUUUAUCUUAGUGGUUAUACUUUCUUCCAGGCUCUUUUUUCUGAAGAUCAAGAAAACGUUGUUUUGACGAGGUGACUAUACUUUAAGUAUUUUAUGUUUAAAUUAAUGUAUUACAUUUAUAUUACAUUUUAAACGUAAACGUUUCAACAAGUGGACCAAAGCACCAGUAUUGAAGUGAAGUAGUCACUCGUUCACUGAUAGUCGGUUUGUGAUCAUAGGCCGCCCUCUUGCGGACAUUAUGGAGAACUGCACCCUCCAAUUACUGCUCUCGAUAUUUGAAAUAAAGCUGCAGCUAAAACGCGAACGUUUAAGUAAUAUACUUUUGUAAUAAAUGUAGACUUAUCUAAAACGCAUAUCAGAUGUUAUUUACGUUACAAAUACCUAUUUGUAAAGCAAGAAAGGGAUUCAUUAUACGAAAUAAACCUUUGGAUUUACAAUAUUUCUUACUUUGGAGCAAGAUUUCCAGAUUGAUAAUUUUUUUGUAUACUGUGUAGUCAUUUUCAGAUUAUCAGGCAUCAACCUGCUAACUCGCACACCAAAUAACCCCCGGUUCAGCGGAUGAUGAUAAUGAUUAUUGGCUUUGCAGGUAUGGCCAAGCAGGUCCUCUAGUCACUAUAUAAUGUUAUUCUCACCUGCUUUUCUGCCCUUAUGAAUGAUUACCAUACACUUGAAAUGAAUUUGGUCUGCCUCAACCCCUUGUUUUAAAUCAUAAUUUGAGCUUUCCUUUGUCUAUGUAUCUUUUUCAUUGCCCACCCUUUUAAAAUGUUUUCUUUGCUUCUGCUUAUGUCGAUUUUUUUUUUGGUUUUUUUGUAAUGAACUGUAACAGCUUCUCCAUGCUUGAGUGAUCCUGUUUCAUAUGAACAUUUACUGUUUAACUGCUCCCCGUCUUUUAUUAAUCUUGAUCGCCUUAGCCUUGAAAACUGUCCCUCUGGAGUUUUUGGUCUUGUUUUUCAUUAGGGAGGUGUCCACAUAUGUAAGUGGUAAUUACAAACUUGUAUUAAUAAAACUCACAACU